GUGAGCCAAAAUCAUACCACUGCACUCCAACCUGGGCGACAGAGCGAAACUCCUGGUCUCAAAAAAAAAAAAAAAAAAAAAAAAAAAAAGCUAACCAUAGUUCUGAAGUCUUUGGGCCAUGAGUGUUCUUUAAUGGUCUAAAAAGCGGUUUUAGUCAUGCCGGUGCCAAGGAGCUCUCCUCACACCUCCAUAGCAUCAAUGUUGACCUAUUUUAUAUAUUUUUAAGUUGCAGAUUAUAGAUACAGAAAGAGAAAAUUGUCCUUUAUGUGUGCAUGAGUAUACAUGCACUGUGCCUGUGCUACACCAAUGAAAUAUUCCAAAAGACACAUUGCUCACUCAUAGUCUGAAGUUGGUAUUUGUUAACUUUUAAAUCUAUAUGUGGUCAGUGUAAGUGGUUGGUUUUUAUUCUUGUCAAACAAUGAAAUAACUUAAAGCAGCACGGGCUAAUGGUGGUAUUUAUUUUUUAACCACAUGUUAAUUUGUUGAAGGAAGAAGUGAACAUAAGAUUUUUGAUAAUCAGCCUAAAGCUUCAGAAAUUGGAUCAGUAAGAGCUAAAGAUGAAAUCCUGGGAAACCUUCCCAGGCACUGUGCAGGGGAGGGAGGGGCUGGACUGCCACUGCUGUGAGGGAGGAAUGGGAAGAGCAGCCCCUGGCUGGGUGAGAAGGGCAGAGUGGAUGGCCCUUCAUUCCUGGAAGGCUGAAGCAACCAGAGGCAAUGAUUCAUCUCUUUAAUGUCUAAUCAGGGAGAGAUACAGGAGUGAGGUGAGUUUUAUUUUCAUUUUUGUUUUAACAAGUUCCCACUCUAUCUUAAUUCUCAAAAAUGAUCUGGCCUAAUCUAUAGAACUGGCUGAGUUUGAGAAUCAUUUAAAAUUUGGAAUUUUCUAUACAAGUCAGGAACAUACCUGAAAGCUAAAACAGUAAUGGAGGCAGGGGGGCUGCCCCCAGCUCCCUUCUGCCAUUUACACAAAAUAUUUGAAAACAUGUCUGUAAAUAAUGUUGUAGAACUGAGAUAUUCAGUAUCAUGUAAAGGACCCUCAGAUGGGACAGGCUGUUGAACAACUUUCCUAGAUCAUGAAGUGGAAUUUCCUUUUUGAGUAGUUUCUUGCAUGGUGUAUUCCAGUAGUUCAAACCCAGACCUACAGUUUGCAACCAGGCCAUCUGUAGAGAGUAUAAUCUCUGGACUGCCCAGGACUUGUUGCUUGUCUUUCAUUUCAUUUUAAAUAUAAAGCUCUUCCUUUAGCAUUCACCUUAAAGUCAAGGUGCUGGCUGCCACCUGCCAUGUCCUCUUACAAGAUAAGAAAACAGUGGCUAUGGAGCCCUCACGGCUGGGAAGCUGACAUUCUAUGUACUUCCACAUGAGAAAAAGGACAUUGGAAAGUUGCUUUAUUUCUGGGCAGUGUAGACUAAAGUUACUUUUCACAAGGCUGAUGCAUCCAGCCACCCCCAGUUGUCCAAGUUGGUGCAGACAUGAAUUGAUGAACUGAAACACUUUCCUUUGGCCUAGGGCCACCUAGAAUUGGUCUCUGGUUAUUUGUAAAACAAAAAGUAGAACUUGGUUCCAUUUUCAGAUGGACUAGGGAAUACUAUAAUUAGUAUACAGCUUUGCAAUGAAUUAACAAAUACUGAAAAGUUGGAAAUGUGUAUAUAUUGAAAUCUCACCAACUUUUACCUGGGGUGGGGUACCAGGAGAAAGGGGGUUAUAAUAGGGUAAGGGGGGGGAUAAUGUUUACCACAGGUACGAAGUAGUCACUUUAACAUUGAGACCUCUGCCUCAUUGAAUUCAGGUUUUUUAAGUACUUGAAACUCUUCAGAUUCUCCUUAUUUUACAGUUUCUUUUUACAUUUAUGAAGUAGAAAGCAUUGUUUUGUAAACCGUUUUGAAAAUAAGUAGCCUAGUCUCUUAUCCUCUUUAGCGUGGAUUAAAGGUGAAGUUCUGCAAAUGGGAGAGUGUUCACAGUAGAUAGCUCGGAUUGAUUGAACACAUUUGAGGAAGAGACUCCUGCAUGAGAUACCAGCAUUUUUAAAAAUACUUCUUAUGUACGUUCUUUAUUUUGUCAUUUUGUCAACCCUGUCCCCAAGCACAUCAUCUUUCCUUUUACUAUGUCUAUGUAGGGAAAAAAACAAAAAAAUUGCACUUAUGUUACACUCCCAAAAUGUGGGUAAUCUGUGUCUUUCAAAAAACAUUUCUGUUUUUUGUUUUGUUUUGGUCAGUCCAUUGCGUAAGUGACAAGUUUGGGUGCUUGUGGCACGUAUGUAUGAAGUGGGAGGGGGAUGAGAAUUGCCUGUCCUUCAGUAGGCUGUAAAAGUAAUUUACAUGUAAGUAAAAAGGGAAAAUAGAAUAGAUGCCAAAGUCAUUUAUUCAGUCCUUAAGUUUUCUUAUGUGGCAUUACUGCAUCUGCUAGUUAGUGAGAAAGCACCCUAAGCUUUUACUGCUCCCCUCCCUGCCUGCCAACACACUUGAUGUGUGCAAACAGCCCUCAAGUAUCUGUCAGAUUACCUAUAUAAGGUAUUGAUAAGGUAUUCUUGUCAGUUUAGAAAUGGACUGGAUAAAACUUACUUUGUUGUCAUUAUUUUAUCUCAUUUGUCCUGUUACAUGCCCUAUGUUAAGAAAAUUAUAUUGCCACUAAUAACCAAGAUGCUAAAUGAGUAUUACAACUGGCUAAUAUCAUUUUUUAUAUACAAGGGUAUGUGUAUAUUUGGAAUUGAUACGAGAAAUUCAUUUGUACCCAUUUGAGUGAUAUUGCACAACAAACACAGAUACCUACAGACUCCGUUUUCAUUUUCUCGUGUUCUUUAUGAUGAUGAUCUUUGUAGAUUGGUUAUUUCUGUAUUUUAUCUGUAAUAAACUUUGUAGAUCCUGUGAACUGUUAUUUUGCCUAAAUCACUUGAGACUUGAGUCUUUAAUAACAAAGCAUCAAUAUUCACUAAAGUCAAUCUCUUUUGAGUUUCUGUGACUUGGCUAGAAGCUCUUGACACUAAGGGAUUAGUGUUAAUUUUCCCUGGGGGUGUUCCACUAGGGCAUUACUGUAUAAUGACUUGAUGUUGCCACAUAGACUUCAAGAUAUAUAAUAUUUUGAGGAUUUUGUUGAUUGGCCUAUGUUUUAUUGCAUAGUGUGAAAUGUGUAAAGCUUGGUUAACCUGUAUAUAGAUAGCUUAUUGUUGACUAGUUACAGUGUAUUUAGGAUUGCCUGUAAUAUUUAAGCUUCUUUACUGAUGUGUGUGCUGGUAGGAACAUAUAAUUUUUGUACAUUAUAUUUACUGAUGUUGCCUUUUUUAUUUUACAAAUACUUUGGAAUUCCAAUGUGUUUUUUGCUUCCGUGAGGAUUAAUUUGGAAAGGUUUUUAAUGACAUUCCACUGAUUUCAGAUUUUGCUUGAGAUUGACUUCAAUAAAUUGUCCUGUAUGUUCCAAAUUAAAUAUGUGGGCUUGUUCUUUGCCAGUAAUUUUUUGCUACAACAUUCUGGGUGGGAGGACUAAAUGACACAAUCCAGCCAACCUCAGCCAGUGUAGUUUCCUGCAGAAUGCGGCUGUGUUGCUAAGGAACCAGGAUCUGAGAGCGAGCUGUCUGGUUUUCCGUUUAGAGGCGAGGUCCCGGGAGAAGGCUGCUCCCCGCGGUUGUGUGGUUGGGGUGUGGAGAGAAGCUGCUCAUGGACCGCACGCCGACCUACUCGGCUGAAACUGGGGCGUUGGCUCCCUGCUGAACGCACCGGAGGGCAGCUCCGCUGACUUUGCGUCCCCUUUGCCAGACUAUGCCCUCGGCACAGCCGCCAGGCCGGCUUCCUGGGCAGCGGCCGGAGCGCGGGCGGCUGGGAGAGGGGGCGGUGAGCAGUUCCCGGCCCGGCCCUCCCCGCGGAGGCGGCCACGUCAGCGCGGCGUCGCUCAGGGCUCGCGGCCGGAUGGGGAAGGCGGCGGCGGCGGUGGCCUUUGGGGCCGAAGUGGGCGUGCGGCUCGCGCUGUUCGCGGCCUUCCUGGUGACGGAGCUGCUCCCCCCGUUCCAGAGACUCAUCCAGCCGGAGGAGAUGUGGCUCUACCGGAACCCCUACGUGGAGGCGGAGUAUUUCCCCACCAAGCCGAUGUUUGUUAUUGCAUUUCUCUCUCCACUAUCUCUGAUCUUCCUGGCCAAAUUUCUCAAGAAGGCAGACACAAGAGACAGCAGACAAGCCUGCCUGGCUGCCAGCCUUGCCCUGGCUCUGAAUGGCGUCUUUACCAACACAAUAAAGCUGAUCGUAGGGAGUCCUCCAGGUGAUGGGCUCUUUUCUGCCCUGAACAGCAUCUCCCACCAACGGCCACAGCAGAGUCGGCCACGCCCAGAUUUCUUCUACCGCUGCUUCCCUGAUGGGCUAGCCCAUUCUGACUUGAUGUGUACAGGGGAUAAGGACGUGGUGAAUGAGGGCCGAAAGAGCUUCCCCAGUGGACAUUCUUCCUGUAUGACUAUCAUAUGGACUCUACCCCUAUGCUUGUUUUCAUUUGCAUUUGCUGGUCUGGCCUUUGCUUCCUUCUACCUGGCAGGGAAGUUACACUGCUUCACACCACAAGGCCGUGGGAAAUCUUGGAGGUUCUGUGCCUUUCUGUCACCUCUACUUUUUGCAGCUGUGAUUGCACUGUCCCGCACAUGUGACUACAAGCAUCACUGGCAAGAUGUACUAGUUGGAUCCAUGAUUGGAAUGACAUUUGCCUAUGUCUGCUAUCGGCAGUAUUAUCCUCCUUUGACGGAUGCAGAAUGCCAUAAACCAUUUCAAGACAAACUUGCACUUUCCACUGCACAGAAGAAGCCUGGGGAUUCUUAUUGUUUUGAUAUUUAAAAAUUGAAUCUGGCUGGGCAUGGUGGCUCAUACCUGUAAUCACAACAGUUUGGGAGGCCGAGGAGGCUGGAUCACCUGAGGUCAGGAGUUCAGGACCAGCAUGGCCAACAUGGUGAAACCCUGUCUCUACUAAAAAUACAAAAAUUAGCCAGGAGUGGCGAUGUGCCUGUAAUCCCAGCUACUCGGGAGGCUGAGGUGGGAGAAUUGCUUGAACCUGGGAGGCGGAGGUUCCAGUGAGCCAAGAUCUUGCCACUGCACUCCAGCCUAGGCAACAGAGUGAGACCCCCUCCCCCCCACCAAAAAAAAUUGAAUCUACCUUAAUGGAAAACAGGUGAACUAGCCCUCCUAACUGGACCAUGCACAAGACAAGAAAUUCUGGCCUUUUUUUCCUCUUCCAAGGUGCAAGUGAGGACAUAAGCCACACUGUAUUCUGCCUCCAAAUGAUUACACACUUUUGUCCCUGCUCACACAGAUCUAUCUUGAGGAGUUACGGUUCUUUUCUACUACUGUAUGCCAUACAUUCUAGUAAAAGGAUCUUUCAAAGGUGUCCAACACCUUAUAAAUCUGGUCUAUCAGAUUGAUAUCCGAAGAUCUACAGUGUUUUUACAUUUACUUUAAAUGCCAUUCUUAGAAGGAUCUUGUCACAAAGAAGCCUUUAUAUAGCCCCAUCUUAUCUCAGAAGCUAAUUAUCAAAACUUAAUUUCCAUUUCGUAUAGCUCAAGAUCUUAAAAUCUAGGGCAUGGCCAACUAAAUUACUUUGAUUCUGUUUACCUUCUCUGAUGACAAUUCCAUCAAGCCUUAAAUAGGAAAAUGUCGAAUCUGGGGUAAUUUAUCACUUUUGUGCACGUCUUAUCUGAGUUCAGCCAUCUGGUACUACUGUAUACAUUUUGAACACCAUGGGCAUAAACAAUUUGUUGAAUUACUAAGUGAACACAAUAAUAAAGAAGAAAAUGGUCAGGAGUGUGGUUUCAGCACUACUAACAGAUGACUGUUUCUACCUCAUUUGACCAUAACUGUGCUCGUGAGCUUCCUUCCUUCCAUUCAUGACUGAAGAUCUGCUCAAAUGCACCAACACUGCCAAGUGACUAAGGCAGAAAAGAAAAAUGACAGGUAUCAUCAUCUGAAGGACAGAUGAAUCUUUUUCUGCCUCUUCUUCACAAUGGGAUAUAAGGAACAAUUAUAGGAUGUCAUCAGAACUGAUGCCGUAGGACCUACAGCUCCCUUUCUCUUUAUUGUGAUUGUACUUUAAAUAUGACCUUGUCUUUUAUGUGUAUCUUCCUAUAUUUUCAAUGUAUCUUUUUCCUUCAGUAAACGUGAUAUUCAAAUAAAAUGGUAAAUGUGUGCUUUCUUAAAUAUUUAAAUUACAUUAAGGGGCUGGAACUUUAGUAAAGCAAAACACUGAAUUCCCUAUCCGCCAUAAGUGAUUCAACUGCUGUUAUCUAUAGUACUGGCUAAUAUUUACAAAUACCAGAGGAAAGUCUCUUAUAAUUGCCAUGCUUUAAAUUCUGAACUUAAAUUCUGCCUAUGACAAUGAAAAUACCAAUCAACGGGAAAGAAUUUACAUAUUAGUUCUUUGCCCAAAACUUAUUUUUUUGUUUUAGUAAUACAUAAAGGCAGAGAAAAUCGUGACUGUACUGAUUUUCUUGACUUUGUGACGGGUGAGUCCAGGUAAAAGUAGGCCACUAGUCAGUAUGGUUCCAUUUUAGUAUUUACUAAAGUUUUAAAUAUAAUCACGUAAAAAACAUUUCAAAAGUGCAAAAUAUCAGAAAUCUAAUCAGUGCUAUUAAUCUUUCCAUGCAAACAAUCUCUUUUGCUGAGAUAAGUGAUACUAGUUCUGCAGCUGGGAAUAUGUACAAAAUGAUGCUGUACCAGAGUUUAAAAAUAGGCUUGGUCUAGAGAUGGCACAUGAUACAAAUGAAGCAGUGCAAAUAAUAUAUGACUAAAUACAGGAUUUCAAUCAAGCUUAUUAUCCUGGGAAUAUACAGCUAUAAUACCAUGAAUAGACAAGAUAUAAAGUUCUUUCACAGUUAUCCACCCUUCACCACUAGGAAAGAAACAUUCCUUAAUACAAAGAGUAGUUUAUCUGGCUAUCCAGGGCUAUGCUGUCCAUCUUUGGUUACAGGGACUCCCUCUGCUUAUCCUUUGGUUUACUCUUAAACAGCACCUAUUCUGCCAAUAGGAAGAGUAAACAUAAAUUUGAAGACCACAACUUGGCAAAAGCUUCCCCUUAAUAUACGGUGAAUACUUAAUUCUCAAUAACUCAGAGUUUAUAUACUUUUAAAAAAAUAAAGUAUUCCAUAUAUCUGAAACUUAGUGGCAUACUUAGCAUUAGGCUACAAGGAGAUGACAAAGAAAGGCAUGCCUGACCUAUACCCCAACCUUACCUCUACAGUCUCCAUGGUGACAGUAAUUACCUUUCAUUUUCCUUUUCUCUCCAGAAAGGGAUAAAGAUCAUUGCUGUCUAAGGAAUGGCUUAGUAAAUAUUAAAUGCCAGUGACUUUGGAAACCAUAACAUUUAUAAAAAAAUUUAUAAACAAUAAACCACAGCUCGCCUGCCUUUGCCACUGUAUAAACAGGCCUGUGGAAUCUGAGAGCAAGUAUAAAGGACUAUCAUAAAGAGAACUACAAAGACUGACAAACUCUGACCAAUGAAGAAGAAA